AUGGAGCUUGACGAUACUGCAAAACUCAUCGCAGACGCGCAGGCCAAGCUUGCCGAGCUGGACGGUCGCGUUGCUGCAUACAGGCUCGAGAUGGCUGCCGAGUUCAAUCGGUUCUCGGGGGACCUGCUCCAGAAUGUUCCGGAAGAUGCUGCCUACCGAGUCUCCCAGGCCGUCGCCGAGUCUCUGGUCAACUACCCUUACCUGUUCCCUCCUGCGAGCCACCAUCGCCACACAUUGCCUUUAGAAACACCCACAGAAAGUCACGAUUCUCCCUGGCGCAACAAAGGCUCCCCACCACCAAUUCUUCCACACACCUCGGGGACGCCCAAGGACCCUCUUCGAAGCUCUCACGAGCGCGAAUUGGAAUUCCAAGGCCUUUUUACCCCCACAUACCUCCCACUUCUUGACAGCACUGAUCGCCCAAUCCACUCCCCACCUACCUCACCAGGCGCGGGCCCACCGCCCAACAUCGACGACAGGCUCGCCGUCAGGAACACCCAGACCUCAGAAGGCACCCAGACCUCAGACGUUUCUCAGACCCCAGAAGAAACUGAGCUUUCAGCACCCGCCCCGACCUCAGCAGGCACUCAAACUUCGGACAGCCCUCAUCACCGCCCCAGGCCAAGCCCACUGCGUCGCGCGACUGACGCAUCCAUCGACUCAGUAGCAAGCGACUCCAGCAGCACAAGGAUUCGUAAAAGCGCUCUGCGACGCUCCUCCGCUAGCUCAUCUAGGGUGGCCGACAGCCCACGAGAAACUCGUCGCGUGCGAUUCGAAGUGCAAGGUCAGGAGGUCUUACCGUCUUCAUCGCCUCAGGCAUCCACCGCAGCCCUCGCAGAGGCUGUCAGUGCCAGCUCAGAAAGCUCAGCAGCCCUCGCGGAUGCCUCACUCCCUCUCACGACAUUAGGCGACAUUGACGGUGAGGACGAUCCCCCACCGAGAAAGGUCUCUUCGUCUCAAGCUUUGCGCGCACUCUCAAAAGCGCCCUUGGAUGACCCGACAACGUGGACCGUCGUAAACCCUGGAUCUGAAGAUUCAGCUUCUCAUGCAGAUAAGACCAGCACAAAGACAGCUACAGCUCCAUCGUUGAAAGCAGAGGAGCGUGACACCAUGGCUCCAAAGCAGCUUCCCAUGCAUAUCAAGGCCGAGGAUGGCGGAGGACGAGGCCAGAGCGAGGUGGAGGACGCCGUUGGUCCCGCGGAGCCUGAGACCAUGGUUGAGAGCGUUCAGGCCCCGGAUGACGAGUCCUCGGACGACGAAGAUCCCUUGAUGAUAAUUUCAAAGAAGGAUUUUAAGAAGAAACUUCGGGCAACUGACUCACAGGAAUCCAAGGCCACCGGCUCUGUCUCUGCUCAGCGCGACUCAUCUGAACCCCUAGGUUCUGGACGCAAGUUCACCCCAACCACCAACAAGGAGCUCGGUGCUCCUGAGGGCAGCUCUGCCAAGGCUGUCUCUGCCAAGCGGGCCGAGCCCACUGAGGAUGAGGAGGAUGACAUGUUCAAUCUGGAGGCUGGUGAAGACGACGAGGCCCUCAGGAAGGCGAUCUCGGCUCGCGGUUCCCCAGAGAAGCAUCUCCCUGAGCCGGCCGAAGAGGAGCCCGAGAAGGACGAGAAGGCGGACGAGGAGUCCGGUGACGAAGUGGAUGAGCGCGAGGCCCAGUUCAAGCCCAAUGCUCCCAUCCAGGCCUCGCCUCCCAUCGGCAUGGCUAUCAAGAAGACCACCAACGUCCCUCCCAAGGUGCCCCUCAUGCCGCAGGGAAGCAUCCACAAGAUGUCCAUCGGCUCCUAUGGAGGCAAGCCCAUCACCAUGGCGCCGGUCAAGAACCAGGAGCUGAUGGAGAAGAUCGCAAAGUCUGAGGACGCUCACCCCUUCUUCGUUGGUAGUGUCAAUGGACGAAGCGGACCCGAUCCCUCCAACGCUAAGAGCUACCGGGCCAGUCUGCCUAGUCCCGCUAGAAGCGGCCCUGGCACGUUCAUGGAGCGGUGGAUGCGGGAGAAGGAGGAGGGUACCAAGUACGCCAGCGACAAGGAGGACGACGAGAAUCAGAAGAAAGAGUAUGUUGGACAUUUGUUUGGAGUGCAGGGGAUCGGCAAGUGGGCCAGAGCUUUGCUGGCCAGGCCCCCGAAAUGGGUGGGCUUGGAACUGAUCCUGCCGAUUCCGCUCCACGCUGCAAUCACGGCGUCAGACAGCUCGCACCCUGUGACUGUAUUUCCGACUCGCACGCGUAGGACAGAGACAGUCGGCAGCGUCCUGUUCGACCCAAGAUACACCUCUCGACGCCAGCCCGAGCCAGCAACCCAUCUCGCUAUCGACCGAGCGUCAUCAACGACAGCUAAUAUGGACGGCAAACGCCAUCUCUCGUCCUUCCAACAGUUGGAGAAGCUUGGAGAGGGAACAUAUGCUACUGUCUUCAAAGGGCGCAACCGACAAACCGGCGAGUUCGUUGCACUUAAGGAGAUCCACCUUGAUUCCGAGGAAGGAACACCCAGUACGGCUAUCCGCGAGAUCUCGCUUAUGAAGGAGCUCAAACACGAGAACAUUGUUGGGCUACAUGACGUGAUCCACACGGAGAACAAGCUUAUGUUGGUAUUCGACUAUAUGGACGGCGAUUUGAAGAAGUACAUGGAUACCAAGGGCGACAGGGGAGCCCUUCAGCCUAUGCUCAUCAAGUCCUUCAUGUACCAGCUGCUGAAGGGCAUCGACUUCUGCCACAAGAACAGGGUCCUUCACAGGGAUCUCAAGCCCCAGAACCUUCUGAUCAACAGCAAAGGACAGCUGAAGCUGGGCGACUUCGGUCUGGCAAGAGCGUUCGGAAUCCCGGUCAACACCUUCAGCAACGAGGUCGUCACGCUGUGGUACCGAGCUCCCGAUGUUCUCUUGGGAAGCAGAACAUACAACACCAGCAUCGACAUCUGGUCUGCUGGGUGCAUCAUGGCAGAGAUGUACACAGGCCGACCCUUGUUCCCAGGCACGACCAACGAGGAUCAGAUCACCAGGAUUUUCAGGAUCAUGGGCACCCCGACGGAGCGAACAUGGCCCGGAAUUACUCAGUUCCCUGAAUACAAGCCAAACUUCCAGAUGUACGCUACUCAGGAUCUCCGCCAGAUCCUGCCAAUGAUCGACGCAGCGGGCAUCGACCUGCUGCAGAAGAUGCUCCAGCUACGGCCAGAGCUCCGGAUCAGUGCCGCGGACGCCCUCCAGCACCACUGGUUCAGCGACCUAAUCGUCCAGCAGCACCAGCAACAACAACAGCGGGCGAUGCAGGCACAGGCGCAAGCUAGGGCCUAUACGCAGGUGCCAUCGCAGGGCGUUCCAUCGCAAGGCUAUGAAAAUUACUAG